AUGGUUCCUUUUGUAGGGGAUCUAGAAAAAUAUGGCACCUAUAGUUGGGGUUUUGCAUGUCUUGCAAAACUGUACAGGGAAAUAUGCAAGGCAACAGUCAAAGAUGUUAGGAGCAUGAUUGGUUGUGUUCUUCUACUCACUUCUUGGGCAUUCACGUGUAUACCAUUGUUUGCGCCUGUUAGUACAGUGCAACCGUCAUAUCCAUACGCACAAAGAUGGGCCCAAAGACGGAUGAAUUACGAUGUUAAUCCUCGUUUCCAUCUACAAGGAUAUCGAAACGCAUUGUAA